AUGAUCCCUCGUAACUGCAGGUUUCUACAUCGUAAAUACGUCUGCGGCAUCGGGACAUGUCAACGCGGAUUCAAAAAUCCGUCAGGCUGUACCCAGCAUCGUAAUGCUGCACACAAUGGCAUUGCAACCAACAAGAUCCGAGCGCCUCCACACGUGGAGGAGCUGCCACAUGGCCCAGAUAUUCAGUUACCAGCAAACAAGCAAGAACCAAGGUGUUAUACCACCCAUCAUCCCAUUCUCGAUGGAACUCCUUGCGAUGCAGAUGGCCAUGAUCUACCCCCGCACACCAAACCUCCUCCUCUAACUAAGCAAGAACAAGAUGACUUUGCUCCAUACAAGGAUCGUGUUGAAUUUGAACUAGCUGACCUUCUCUUCCGACGGAAUCAGAUGCCUGCGGGCGAGCUAGAUGAUCUACUUGCGCUAUGGGCGGCGACAAUUCAAGAGCCGCCGUAUGCCAAUCAUCAAGAUAUGAAUGAAACAAUUGAUGCAACGACUCUUGGGGACGCACCCUGGUCAUCAUUUUCUGUUGAGUACACUGGCGACAUCACUGGCGACACCGUUCCGCCAUGGAAGACAAAGAAAUAUGAUAUCUGGAUGAGAAACCCACGUACUGUCUUCCGGAAUCAACUUUCAAAUCCGGAUUUUGACGGGGAAAUCGACUACGCUGCAAAACGGGACUUCAAUGCGAAAGGCAAGAGAGUAUGGAGGGAUUUAAUGUCAGGGAACUGGGCUUGGCAACAGUCGGACAUAAUUGCAAAGGACGAAGAGACGCACGGCUCCAUGUUUGUGCCUGUUAUCAUUGGAAGUGAUAAAACGACCGUCUCGGUUGCGACAGGGCAGACCGAGUUCUACCCUCUAUAUGGAUCAAUAGGCAAUGUACACAACACCGUUCGUCGUGCGCAUCGUAAUGCAAUCUCAAUUAUUGGCUUCCUUGCGAUACCAAAAACUGAUCGACAGUAUGAGGGUGACCCUGCAUUUCGCAGGUUUCGACGCCAGCUAUUCCAUGCUUCUUUGGAAGCUAUCUUUGAACCCCUCAGGUCUGGUAUGACGAAGUCAGAGGUGACUCGUUGUCCCGAUGGCCACUUCCGGCGUGUCAUCUAUGGUCUUGGUCCAUAUAUUGCCGACUACCCGGAGCAGGUUCUACUUGCCUGCAUCGUGCAAAACUGGUGCCCAGGGUGUACUGCGAAACCAAAUGACUUGGAUGAAUUCGGAGAGGGACCAGGGCGGCGCUCACAUGAGCACACAUAUCUCCUUCAGACCCAUUUUGACCUCAAAAUGUUGUGGGAUGACUACGGGAUUGUUGGAAAUAUAAUGCCUUUUACCGCGAGUUUUCCUCGUGCCGAUAUCCACCAACUUCUCACCCCCGACCUUCUCCACCAAAUCAUCAAGGGAACAUUCAAAGACCACCUUGUGGGUUGGGUGGAAGAAUAUUUGGUCCUUGUUCAUGGAAAAACGGGUGCGGCAGUUAUCCUGGCCGAUAUUGAUCGUCGAAUUGCGGCUGUACCUAGCUUCCCUAACCUUCGACGGUUUCCUCAAGGACGAGGCUUCAAGCAGUGGACAGGUGACGAUUCAAAGGCACUAAUGAAGGUAUAUCUUCCCGCCAUUACGGGCCAUGUACCUACACAAAUGGUGCGCGCUAUAAGGGCUUUUUUAGAUUUCUGUUACUUGGCUCGGCGUGAUGUGUUAGACGAGACAACACUUGACGCCAUGGAUGAUGCUCUCGAGAGAUUCCAUGCUGACCGUGUUAUAUUUCAAUCAUCUGGGGUCCGACCUAGUGGAUUCUCGCUUCCUCGACAACACUCAAUGAUGCACUAUCGAUACCUGAUCCAGAAGUUUGGGGCUCCAAAUGGCCUCUGCUCAUCCAUCACAGAGUCAAAACACAUCAAGGCUGUGAAGGAGCCGUGGCGACGAUCGAGUCGCUGCGAAGCACUAGGACAAAUGCUUUUGACUAACCAACGACAGGAUAAGCUGGCGGCAUCUCGUGUAGACUUUACACACCGAGGAAUGCUUGAUGGUACAUGCCUUCCUUGGUGGAUUGAUCGUGUUGUGGCCCAGGAUGAGGCUGUAGCCCUUGAUAACCCCAGUGCCAUUCCAGAAGCCAUUGACAAUGACACUGACAGUGAUGACGGCAACGCUAACAAUGCUAAUGACAACGAUGAUGCCGACGACAAUCCCACUGUAGAUGGUCCUCGAUAUCUUGGCGAGGUCACUUUAGCAGUGAAAAAAAUCCAAGGAUAUCCUCGGCGGCUUCGUGACCUCGGAACAGCUAUUGGUCAACCUAACUUCACAGAACUUGUUCGAAGGUUCUUAUUUGAUCAGUUAAACCCUAAUUCAUCUCAGCUAUCCUCCGAUAUCCCUCUCGACAAUUGUCCACAAGUUUAUGGCUCGGUUUCUGUAUUCCCAUCUGCUCUUGCUGUCUACUAUGCACCAAGUGACCCCUCUGGUGUCGGGGGGAUGCAUCGAGAAAGAAUCCAUGCGACGCGAUGCUGGCGAAAGACCGCCUAUCCACGAAAUGACUGCAUCUUCGCAGAGAAGGAUCCAGAAUUAGAUGGCUUCCGUGGGCUUCACGCUGCGCGCGUUGUCAUCUUUUUUUCAUUCAAGCACCAGCAGAUAACUUAUCCAUGCGCCCUCGUUGAAUGGUUUGUACCAGUUGGUGAUAGACCUUGUUCAAAUACUGGUAUGUGGAUUGUGGAGCCGCAAAUAGGCUUAGGGGGAGGGAGAAUUACUUCGGUGAUACAUGUAGACAGUAUCCUACGCGGCGCACAUCUAAUAGGUGUCUACGGAGACGACCACAUACCUCGAGAUUUUAAGUUCACGGACACACUCGAUGCCUUUGCUGCUUAUUAUGUUAACAAAUUUAUCGAUCAUCAUGCGAAUGAAAUCGCCUUUUAA